AUGGAAAAUUUUGUUCUUCAAACUCUAAUCUUCCCUAUUACUGUUCAUACUUCUACUAUCUCUACUACUACUACUACUACUACUACUACUACUACUACUACUACUACUACUACUACUACUACUACUACUACUACUACUACUACUACUACUACUACUACUACUACCAUUAGAUUGGAAUCGACAACUGAGUGUCUAUGCUAA